UGCGCUCCGAUCACUGCUGCAACUUUUGCAGAGACUCCUCACUCCACAGACAUGUCGCACAAUAGCUGAAGUAAACCUGUCAUCGCGGCUCCAUUCGGGCCAAAUUACGCCGCAGGUGAGGAUCUACGGACGCGCAGCCCGGUCGCUCCUUGUCCGCUUUCCUCGCAUCGGACCCCGGCUUUUUUUUUCCUUUUCUUUUCUUUUUUUUUUUUUUUAAACCGGCCUGGAUAUGAAUUAUGAGCAUUUUCUCCACUAAUGAACCGGGCCAGUGAUGCAGGAGACCGCGGCGACCCUCACAUCAGUGUUUCAAGAUGGCAGAUUUUUAUUGAGUUUUGAUCCGAAAGCUCGCUUUAUUCUUUGCCAUGAAUAACAGGAAUCCUUGCACCGAUGGCCCCUGUAUACGAAGGUAUGGCCUCGCAAGUGCAAGUGUUCUCCCCUCACACUCUCCAGUCAAGUGCCUUCUUUAGCGUAAAGAAACUGAAGGUGGAGCAGAGCUGUAACUGGGAUAUGACAGGGUACGGCACGCAUAGCAAAGUCUACAACAGCAGCAAGAACGUGUCGGCCACUGGCGGCGCUCCUCUAGGCCUCAGCGGCUCUGCCCUGCCCUACGAGCAGACCCUGAUCUUCCCGGCCAGCGCCGGCCACAUUGUGGUCGCCUCGGCCAGCAGCACCUCGGGGGCCGUCGGCUCUCUGCUGGGCAGCAGCGGUGGAGACAGCGGCGGCGGUAGCGUCAGCGGAGGCGGCGGCGGAGUCCACAACCUGACGCGGCGCAGCACGGUGAGCCUCCUGGACACCUACCAGCGAUGCGGGCUUAAGCGCAAGAGUGAAGAGCUCGACAACAACAGCAGCGUGCAGAUCAUUGAGGAGCACGGCCCACCCAUGAUCCAGAACGGCGGAACCAGCGGAGCCACGGCGGCCACUGCGGCCACCGCCACCUCCACGGCGACGUCCAAGAACAGCGGCUCCAACAACGAGGGCGACUACCAGCUGGUGCAGCACGAGGUGCUCUGCUCCAUGACCAACACCUACGAAGUCUUGGAGUUCUUGGGGAGGGGAACCUUCGGCCAGGUGGUGAAGUGUUGGAAGAGGGGAACCAAUGAGAUAGUGGCCAUCAAGAUCCUAAAAAACCACCCAUCGUACGCGCGGCAGGGUCAGAUCGAGGUCAGCAUCCUGGCGCGCCUCAGCACAGAGAGCGCAGACGACUACAACUUUGUGAGAGCCUACGAGUGCUUCCAGCACAAGAACCACACGUGCCUGGUGUUUGAGAUGUUGGAGCAGAACCUGUAUGACUUCCUCAAGCAGAACAAGUUCAGCCCGCUGCCGCUCAAGUACAUCAGACCGGUGCUCCAGCAGGUCGCCACGGCGCUGAUGAAGCUGAAGAGCCUGGGGCUGAUCCACGCCGACCUGAAGCCGGAGAACAUCAUGCUGGUGGAUCCUUCUCGUCAGCCCUACAGGGUCAAAGUCAUUGACUUUGGUUCAGCCAGCCACGUGUCCAAAGCGGUGUGCUCCACCUACCUGCAGAGCAGAUACUACAGGGCUCCAGAGAUCAUCCUGGGCCUGCCGUUCUGUGAGGCCAUAGACAUGUGGUCGCUGGGUUGUGUAAUAGCUGAGCUGUUUCUGGGAUGGCCUCUCUACCCCGGAGCCUCCGAGUACGACCAGAUUCGGUACAUCUCACAGACGCAGGGUCUUCCGGCAGAGUAUCUGUUGAGUGCAGGGACGAAGACCACCAGGUUCUUCAACAGAGAUCCAGAUUCCACCUAUCCGCUCUGGAGACUGAAGACUCCGGAAGACCACGAGGCUGAGACGGGGAUCAAGUCCAAGGAGGCUCGCAAGUAUAUCUUCAACUGCUUGGAUGAUAUGGCACAGGUGAACAUGACAUCAGACCUGGAAGGGAGCGACAUGCUGGCGGAAAAGGCAGACCGGAGGGAGUUCAUCGACCUGUUGACCAAGAUGCUGACUAUCGACGCUGACAAGAGAAUCACCCCCAUCGAAACACUCAACCACCCCUUCGUUACCAUGUCGCAUCUCCUCGAUUACCCUCACAGCACCCACGUAAAGUCAUGCUUCCAAAACAUGGAGAUCUGCAAGCGUCGUGUCAACAUGUACGACACAGUCAACCAGAGCAAAACGCCCUUCAUCACCCAUGUGGCCCCCAGCACCUCCACCAACCUCACCAUGACCUUCAACAACCAGCUGAACACUGUGCACAGCCAGGCCACCAACCUGGCUCCCUCCUCCACCAACAAUGCCACCCUUUCCUUUGCCAGUCCUGACGUCUCCAUACUAAACUACCAAUCUGCACUCUACCAGCCCUCUGCCGCCUCCAUGGCGGCUGUGGCCCAGAGGAGCAUGCCGCUGCAGCCGGGGGCGCCGCAGCUCUGCGCCGCUCGGCCCGACCCCUUCCAGCAGGCGCUCAUCGUCUGCCCUCCGGGAUUCCAAGGUUUGCAGGCGUCCCCUUCCAAGCACACCAGUUACUCUGUCAGGAUGGAGAACGCGGUUCCCAUAGUGACGCAGGCUCCCGGUGCCCAACCUCUGCAGAUCCAGCCUGGCCUCCUCACACAGCAGGCCUGGCCCAGCGGCACCCAGCAGAUCCUGCUGCCUCCAGCGUGGCAGCAGCUCACCCACACCUCCGUCCAGCACGCCGCCGUCAUCCCAGACUCCAUGGGCAGCACACAGACUCUCGCCAACUGGAGGAAUUCCCAUCCUCAUGGGAGCCAUUAUAAUCCCAUCAUGCAGCAGCCAGCCUUGCUGGCUGGUCAUGUCACGCUCCCAUCAAACCAGACUCUCAACGUGGGCGUGGCUCAUGUCAUGAGGCAGUCAUCCACCAAUAACAACUCCUCUUCCAAAAAGACCAAACAGCACCAGAUGUCGACCAGGAACGUGUCGACCUACGAGGUGUCGUCCUCCCAGAUGGUGCUGUCGCCGCAGCGAUCCAAGCGGGUGAAGGAGAACACGCCCCCCCGCUGCGCCGUGCUACAGAACGGGUCGGCGUCCCACUGCCCACCGGCGCAGGGCUGCGCUGGAGGAGGGUGGGGCGCCAACGAAGCAGAGCAGGCUUCCAGCACCACCCGCGACCAUCAGCACCAGCACCAUGUCCCCAGACAGACCAUCAUCAUCCCCGACACGCCCAGCCCCGCCGUCAGCAUCAUCACCAUCAGCAGCGACUCAGAGGACGACGACCAGAAGCAGAACAACGGCUCAUCUUCCAAGCACAGAAAGAACGUCAUCAGCUGUGUGACGGUCCAUGAUUCCCCAGAGUCAGACUGCUCCAGCCACAACAGCCCCUACAGCCUGGAGUCCAGACCCCACAACCACAACAACAACAACAGCUACGACACGAAAACCACCAUCCUGGACAACUACAACAAUGGGAACCCUCGCACAAUCAUCAUCCCUCCGCUCAAGACGCAGAACAGUGAGGUGCCCAGCGAAUGUGAGCGGCUGAUGCCAGAUGGACUGAAUCAUCAGAAUAUAGCUUACAAGUUUAAAUCCUCCAAUGGAGUGACAUUGGGCAAUAAUCACAUACCAGGCGGCGUGGCCGGGGGCGUGGCCUAUCGACAGCAGCGCUCAGGACCACACCCACUUCAGCAGCAGCCACUCAAUCUCAGCCAGGCUCAGCAGCACAUGGUGGCCGAGCGAAACGCAGGACACCGCCGGCAGCAGGCCUACAUCACCCCCAACAUCGCAGCUCAAGCCCCGUAUUCCUUCCAUCACAACAGCCCCUCCCACACGGGCGGCGUCCACCCGCACCUGGCCGCCACCCACCUGCCCAGCCAACCCCACCUGUACACCUACACGGCCCCCGCCGCCCUGGGCUCCACCGGCACCGUGGCCCACCUGGUGGCGUCGCAGGGCUCGGCGCGCCACGCCGUCCAGCACGGGAGCUACCCCCCCAGCAUCGUCCACCAGGUCCCGGUCAGCGUGAGCCACCGCGUGCUGCCGUCGCCCACAAUGCACCACACCCAGUACCAGGCCCAGUUCGCCCACCAGGCCUACAUCAGCGCCUCACCCGCCUCCACUGUCUACACUGGAUACCCACUGAGCCCCACCAAGGUCAACCAGUAUCCUUACCUCUAGAGACGAGCCGGACUGACACUGAAGGGGCCCGACCCCCGACCCAGCGAUGCUGCUUCCUGCACUGCAAAAACACAAAACCUCGCUGCGUGUUUUUAGUCUAGUU